AUGCAUUUUAUGGCAGGCCCUGCACGUAGCCAGAGCCUGGGGCCCCUGUGCCUCCACAGCACACCCCAAGCUCUGUACAUGGUCCUCUUAACAGUGCUGGUCAUGAUGAGCUUGGUGUUUGGAAAGUUUGAUCCUGUCAAUGAAGAACCCCAUCAUCCAGUUCGGUUUCCCAAAUACCUGCGCUGCUAUCGAUGCCUCUUGGAGACCAAGGAGCUGGGAUGCCUUCUGGGAUCUGACAUCUGCCUCGCCUCAUCUGGCAGCAGCUGUAUGACUCUCCUCAUCAAGAACAGCAGUGGUUCUGACAUCAUGGUGAGUGACUGCCGCCGCAAGGAACAGAUGAGUGAUUGCUCAUAUACCCGUACUUCUCCGGUAUUUGGCUUCUGGAUAUUCUCUCGAUGCUGCUUUAGGAAUUUCUGCAAUAACCCACAGAACAGAGUGUUCUAUAUUCCAUAG